CCAUUUCUAAUUCUUAAUCUGAUUAUAUCGUCUCUUUGCAUUUCAUAACACCAAUCAUUUCCCCAACCUCUGAGCUAUGAUCUCUGUUUAAGUAUCUGUCAACCACGCAACUCUAACUAACCAGAGAGAGAGAGAGAGAGAGAGAGAGAGAGAGAGAGAGAGAGAGAGAGAGAGAGAUCGCAUCGGAAAUGGCGGACAAGUACAACCUCAAGAACCCUGCUGUCAAGCGCAUUCUCCAGGAGGUCAAGGAGAUGCAAUCCAACCCUUCUGAUGAUUUCAUGAGCCUCCCGCUUGAGGAAAAUAUAUUUGAAUGGCAAUUUGCCAUUAGGGGGCCUCGUGAUACUGAAUUUGAGGGUGGUAUUUAUCAUGGGCGGAUUCAGUUGCCAGCAGAAUAUCCAUUCAAACCUCCUUCAUUUAUGCUUUUGACACCUAAUGGUCGUUUUGAGACCCAAACCAAGAUUUGCUUGAGCAUCUCUAAUCAUCACCCUGAGCAUUGGCAACCAUCAUGGAGCGUAAGGACUGCUCUAGUUGCACUGAUUGCAUUCAUGCCAACCAACCCAAAUGGUGCAUUGGGCUCAUUAGACUACAAGAAAGAAGAGAGGCGUACAUUGGCAAUUAAAUCCCGUGAUGCAGCUCCAAGGUUUGGGACUCCUGAGCGGCAAAAACUGAUUGAUGAGAUACAUGAGUAUAUGCUAAGCAAGGCGCCCCCAGUUCCUGAACUUAGCCCCUCACAGACUUCUGAAGAACAAGAACAACCCAGAAUUGAAGAGGCCAAGGCCGAGGUUGAUGUGCAAAAUCCUGAGUCUUUACCUGCUGGAGAGGAGAUUGUAGAUCAAGCAGCUGACGAAAUUGUUGAAGAACAAGAACUUCCUAUCGAUGCUAAUCCUAAUCCUGCAGGAACUGAAGCUUCAACAGAGAUUCCAUCGGCUAUCUCUAGCACUCAGUCUCUCCAAAAGUCAAAUACAAUGAUACAAAAUCUGAAACCAGAGACGAGGGUCCAAAAGCCUGAUGAUCGCUUGUUCACACUGGCAGCUAUUGGACUUACUAUAGCAAUUGUUGUCCUUUUGCUGAAGAAGUUCAUCAAAUCCACAGAAUAUGGUGCGGUUUUCAUGAAUGGUGGGUCGUAGAUGUAUUCGUUGCUCAUGUUUUCUCCAAGAUAAAGAUUAUUAGCCCCACGUAGUUCAUAGGGUAUAUCAAGCUUAUUAAACUCGAGUUAAAUUUUAUAAACCAAGUCUUGUAAUUAUGCUAAUUUGAAAUAUAUUGCAUUUCUUGUAUAA